AUGGUUCCACAGGUGGCAAAACUGUGGGCGACAGUGCUUCUACUCGCCACGCUGCACAACUGUGCCAGCGCGGAAGUGAGCGUACAGCAAUCGCCGGGGAAAAGUUCGUGCCUGUCCAAUGCCGGUGCCAUUUUCGACGCACCUCCGAUACAGUGCCGACCGCUGGUUGCCUGCAACAGUGAGGCGAUGACGCAAAGCUACUUCGCCCACUAUCAACGGUGUCGAGCUAACGAGACCGCGCGGCUUGGCGAGCGGGAACAAUUCUUAUUUCGCAUCAACUACUGGCAGGGUGAUCACGUGUUCCUGUACGGUUUGCUCGAGAAGGCACACGAACCGCAUCAGCUUGUGGUGGACGCGGAACACCUAACGCAACGGGGCACUGGCGUGAUACCCGACCUCAACCGGAAGCUGCUCAUCUACAGCAUCGAGGCGGGUCGCAUCGAGGAUGCGCUGCUGCUCUACCUCACGACGAAAAACCAAUGGACGAUGCAGCAGAUAGUGGACGCGAUCGGAAAUCAUCCCGACUUCAAGGUAACCGAGGCGGUUGGCCUGCACAUGGUACAGUUCGCGCGCGGGCUACCGCUGAAAAGCAGCAGAGUGGAGUUCUACAAAGCCCUGGUGCCGUUAGUGCGCCGGCAUAAGCUUUCCUCUUCGUACGUCACCCUGCUGUACGCCGCAGAUGCGGUUGGGCUGUAUACCGAGGAGAACAAGGGAGUAAAGAAGGAGUUCGUUACCGAUCCUUUAACCGUCAUAAUCCACCGUCUGCGCAAGGAGCUCCAAAAUCUGCAAUUCGAUUACAAUGUAUGGAUAGCGAACACAUAUCCACGCUACUACACCUUUUUCCAGGAGACGAUCUUCUCCUUUGCCGAAGAGGUAUGGAAAAAGCUUGAAAAACGUCGCCUCUUCGAGAUAACGAGCAUGUUCCACGCGAAAGGACACCGUUUUACGGCGAUUGGGCAGUUCCAAAAGUACGCAAGAUUCGACCAACGAGACAAACAUGCACUGCAGACAUAUCUGCCCACGCUAGCGCUAGAGCUGGACAAAUUGAUGCUAAAAGUGCAACAGACCGGCAAUCACAAACACGAACUGGAUCGCAUUCAAAUAUUGAAAAACAACUUCAGAAUAGGGUAUUACGAACGUAAAGACAUCUACCACACCUACAUAAACACCAUCAAAUCUAACGGCAAGUUCGGCAAACGGCGUAUGGAAAUGGAAAAGAUAGGAUGAGCGAUGAUUGUGUGGUGAGGGCGUUACGAACUAAAUACAGAUACUGGGCUCUAAU